AUGCCUGUUUCAACACGAAGAAGCAAAGCAGCUGCGAAAGAGAAUGGUGAUGAGGAGGAUCAAGAAGAAAAAACACAAGAGGCUUCAUCGGACUCAAAAACGAAGACACCUAUAAAGGACAGACCAAAAAGAAAGAAGAAGGAAACAACAACAUCAUAUUCGCAACAACAAUCAACAUCUGUGGAUGAGGAUUUGAUGGAUACCAAUGAAAAAUUGCCAAUUCAAAAAACACCAGUAAAAGCUCGGAGGAGAAGAAAAAAGAAUAUAGAAAGUGAUGAUGAGGAAUUACAACAACAGGCUCAGCCAACUAUAGAAAAUAAUUUUAGCAAUCAUGGUAUUAUAAAUAAUGGUAAUAAUGAAGAAAACAUUAGCUUGGAAAACCGUGAUGAUGAUUCAUUAUUUACUCCUAAAAAGUCUUCCGGCGAGACGACAAAUUCAGAGAUAAAUAGUGACAGCAAUGCUAUCGAUGAGUCAUCAAAGUUGCUUUUGGCAUUAACAAUCCAAAGUAUUUAUAUGAGAAAACUUUGUGAACAAGACUUCUUCAGCCAAUUACAUCACCUGGAAGUAAUACAAAGCUAUUGUCGAAGAGUUUUGGCUCGAAUUUCGUUCUCUAAGCUAAGGUUACGAAGAGAACAAAUUUCAUCAGCCGCAAGUUUGCAACAAGCCAUGUAUAGAGGGUUUCAAGAGAGAAAUAUAUACACUCGUCUUGUAAUGUCCAUGAUCACUAUUCAAUCAUUGUUCGCUGGCUAUUCUAUUAGAAAAGACUUGAACAGAAGACGAAAAGAUAGAGCACAAGAGUUAGAGAACAAGCGAUUGCAGGAAGAAGAGCUACGAAAGAUUCAUGAAAGCUCAACAAUUAUUUCUGCACUUUUCAGAAGUCACAUCAGCAGACAAUACAUAGACUCGAUGAGCCGGAGUGCUCUCGUCGUACAAUCUGCAGUAGUGGCAAAGCAUCAAAGACGUAAUUUAUCACAACUAAUCUGCAGCGUUUCCAUAAUGCAAGCAACAUUUAGAGCAAAAUUUGCACGGGUGGAAAUGCAAAAAUUAACAUCCGCAUUGUGUGUAAUUCAAUCAUUAUGCACGGUUGCUUUGAAUAGGAAGCGAAUAUCAGAACAAGAAAAGCGAACGCGAGACCAACUCAUCACUAUCCAAUCUGUCACCAGAGGAAAACAAGCCAGAUAUUUUGUAAAACGACAAUAUUCCAAUAUUCUGGUGAUACAGGCUAUCGCUCGCUCAUUUAUUUGCACUAGGUCUUACAAGAAUGAAAAGGAGAGUCUUUCGUACUCAGUACAAGCCAACUCGCUAGAAAAUCUUGAGAAUUCUCAGGAUACUAUUUAUUCGGACGCAAGCAUCGUUAUUCAAGCUCUCUGUAAAUCCAAAACAGCUAGAUCGGAGUGUGACCGUGCAUUGCAUAUACUUCCAAUCAUACAAGCAGUUAUCUUGGGUAAUAUUACAAGAAAAGAAUAUUUCACACAAAAGUGUUCCAACUCGUUUGGGUCACAAACCAAGGACAUUCAACACCAAUUAACAAAUAAGAAACAGUCCAUAGCGAAAUUUGCAAAAAAAGUGGACGAAAUUUUGACAACUUUCUUAGAAAUGGAAAAUAUCAGCGAACGUGUAAAUGGUGAAAAAGCCGAUAUUGAAGAUUCCUCUGACAAAAAACGAAAAAGAACUUUAUUCGAAGAGGAAGAUAGAAACAGUAACGAGUCAUUAUUGGACGAUGAGACGUGUCGAGUAUUGGACUAUGAAAUCAAGAAACAAAAGAAACAAACUGAGGAACUUUUAUACAUUAUUGAUGAAAAAGUAAUUUCUAAAAAGUCUCAAAAAGAGCAAAUAGAUGACCUGUUGGUCCAACUAGAUCAAGAAACGGAAGUCAUAGAAGCUCUCCAGAAAGAGCAUGACGAAAAGUAUAGGAAAUUGGAAGAGGAGUUGGAACAUAAUGUCACUGCAGAACCUCCAAAAGAAGAUUUUGAGGAAACCAAAGAUCAUGUGAUAAAUGUAACGAACGUCAACAAUCAGGACGAGAUCAUUUCAGAAAAAGAACAAGAUUCAUCACUGGAGACAGCAGAACAUACAGGCAAUAUUCAACUCAAUGAUCCAUUUGAUAUUUCCAAUAUUAGCCUUAUAGGAACACCAAAACAAACAUCUAGUAGUAAGCGAUUGAGCAGACCAUUAAUGACCACAAAUCUCACAACAGCCACCAGCAACCACACGGAAGAGCAUCCUGCAUUACCUUCUACCAUCACUCCAAAAACAACCAAAUUCUUUUCCGUGUUUUCUCCUUCUCCUAUUUCUCACAAGCCAAUCUCCAAUAAUGUGAUACGUCAUGAACAGAAAUCUCUCGCUCAAUUAUCCAUGCUCUCUCCUUCCGUACCAAAGCUAGUAUCCAACAACAGACAAGGAAUGGCUUCCAACGAACCAUCACAACAAAUACUUUCUCCAAAAUCUAAAAUUUUGAACAGACAACAAACCCCAGUCAAAAAGUCAACCUCUCGAUUACUCAACAGUAGUUUUAUUUCACCUUCUCCUUUCUUGAAUUCCUCCAUGUUGACCUCCUCUUUAAACAGCACUCCAAAUACUUCAUCACUAAGUGACAAUGACGAAUCUGAAGUGUUCAUGUCACCCAACACUUUUAACAAUACUCAAAUGAACAGAAAACGAAAAUUGGACCAAUUUUCUAACACUGAAAUAAUUUUUCCAGGACAAGUGGAGUCUGUUCCAACGAGCAACAAACUUAAAUUGCUCAAGAGAGAUGACAAGAAUGUAAAAUGGGCCGGUGUAAAUACCAAGCUGCCUCACCCAAAGACAAAUCCGGUGGCUGAUGAUUUUAAUCCUAAACAUUCACCAAACAAGGCCUCGUCAUCAUUGAAUGGUAGUACCAAACCCAUUCUGUCAGAUUCCAACUGGAGAUUCGAAACAGAUCCAACCAAAAAGCCUCCCGUUCCACCAAAACCACCACGUCCAUAA